CCCAAAUUGGUCUUGAAAAAGAUAUUCUCCUCUUCAGACUUCCUCUCUUCUUUGUCGGCUUCGACUAAUUCGCUCAAUUCGACUAUUGAUAACUAGUUGCUCACGUUGGAUGUUUUUUGGUACCCGAAGUUUGACGGGAAUCCCUUAUAAGCGAUCCCGUUCAGAAAUGGCCAUCGCACGAUGUCAGCGAACGUACUAAAAAUCUAUCUAUUGUCGAUAAAAAUUCAUCCGAACAUUCUGAACGGUUUCAAGAUUUCACUGCGCCGUUCCAUAUGGGCUUGAAGCACUAUUCUUGGUGUCAAAAGUUUUCAUUCCAGGGCAAUCUGUCCAUGUCAACUGACGGAGUGUUCGUAUUGGGGAGGUCUGCUAUUCUGUGGGAUCGCUUCGUUGAUGACUCCUGAAGGGCAACGGAAAAAAAAGAGGGACGUUGACACCACCAAAGAUAUCCAGGAACGUCAAAAUUUCAUUGAACUCGCCCGGAGGAAAAGGAAGAAAAGCCUCUAAUGGCCUUCGGACUUCGAGUUGGCAUCGUAUCUACUGCCAACCUUCACCUUCAUUGGGCACCAAUAACUGCGACAAAGCGAAUGCACCGGCGUCGAAGGGAUUCUCUACGCAGUUCUCGUGCCUGUCCCUGUAGUAGUACGAAUACGCUUUUAGAAAUGAAUGUGCCUCUCGAACCGCCACUCCAACCAUGCCUCGCAAAGCCCACAAGAUGGGAGUCAUAUCUCCUUCACUUCUCAUUCUUACCUUUUUAUUAGAGAUGGUCUGCGCCAUUCCAAAUCCAAAACGUUCCAUCUCAGAGGGAACUUUCAACCUUCCUAAUGGCAAUUGGACAUCACUUGGAUGUUUCUCCGACAUCUCAACUUCAAGGACAUUACAAGGAGCAUUUACUUCAAGUAAUACCAACAUGACUAUCGAGCUUUGUAUUGCCGCCUGUGGUGAUUUCGUGUUUGCUGGAGUUGAAUUCGGACAUGAAUGCUACUGUGAUUCCACCAUCCAAUUACCCGGUGCGCCUGUUGCUGCAGACGAAUGCAACAUACCUUGUGUAGGCAACUCUUCCGAAACUUGCGGUGGAACCGGUAGUAUCCAAAUUUUCACGGAUGGAGGAGAAAGUCCUGUUCUUCCAACUGAGUUCGGUACCGAUGCUGGAGGAUUCGAAAGCGAAUGGUCUCUUACAGGAUGUUUCGCAGACGACCCAUCCUCCCGCGUACUGGCACAACCAAUUGUUCUACCAAAUGGGGUGACAACCGGGGCUUGUAUAGAAGGUUGCUUAGACGCUGGCUUCUCCAUGGCCGGUGUCGAAGAUGGGAAAGAGUGCUGGUGUGAUGGCCCAAGUACCGUGCUUGGAUUGUCUCCAAACGCGACGAAAGUGUCAGACACUGACUGUCGGGGUGUUUGUGUGGCGGACCAUAGUCAAUAUUGCGGAAAUGCGAACCGUAUAGCAGUCUAUUCAAUGAUCGAGCAUGACCUUUCACCUCCCGACCCACCCAGAAACUGCAGCGAAGCCUUCGGCAAUAUUACUAUGGUUGCGAUGACAAGUGAGGGCGAGGAGUUCCCGCUAAAGAUAGUGACAGUAGAAAUGGUGCCAAGUGUGUCAUGGGGAGUGUUAUCUGCUUGUCCAUUCUGCUGUAGCGACUACAAGUUCUUCACCUUGACAGACCUCGUUCAGUCGCGCUCCCUUUUGAACCCCACCAAACAGCUCAUGCUUUCAGUCGAACCUGUAGCCGGAGAGUCGCCGAGUUUUAUGGCUCCCCCCGUCAUUAAUGGACCAUUGCCGCAAGGAGAUCAAUCUUAUUGUGUCAUGGGUACCACACAGACGCUUCUUUCGUUCAGAAACGAAACCAACGGGUUCGCUCUCUGUAAGAACAACUCCGUGAUAGCGAAUGGUAGAAUGGACGUCGUCUUCCAACCUAUAGCUGAUCAUCCUAAUUAUGCGUUGGAGGAUUGUGAUGGCAUUGUCAUCAAAGUAUCAGGCUUACUUCCAGUACCUGUAUAAGGGAAAAGUUGCAGAUAUAUACCCACA